UUCAAAAUAAUCAAUCAAACGCUCCAAAAUCAAAGCAAAGAAAAGUAGCCGUUAGAAACAGAGCGUCGAAGCUCAACGUUAUUUUCUUCCCCAUUCUUCAUUUCCCGAUUUCCUUCACCAAUGAACUGCGAAAUUUACUCUGUAAAUCCAGCAAAAAUCUUAUCUCAUAAACGAGUAGCAGUAAGCCUCUGAUUUCUCUCUAUAGAAACCGAGUGUUCGAGUAAUUGUCCGGUGAAGUGAAUUUCCCCAUGGAUUCAAGUUCGAAAUCGGGCGGCGCGGUUACUCCUGCGAAAGAAAAAACCGCCCGAUCGAAGUUGAAUGAAUCCCUACGCCAUUCCGAGAAUGUAAAUCCAAACGUUUCGAGUCCGGUGUCGAAGUUCUCGAAUUCUUCAUUGAUCACCAAAUCCGAAAAGAGCGCCAAGAAAUCUGCCUCCAGAAACCCAAACCCUAACCCUAAGCAGCUGAUUCUGGCCUCGCCGUCGCCGAAGAAGAAGAUUCGAGAGAGGAAGUUCGUGAUCGCGAAGAAGAAAGCGCGCAACCAAGAGCAGAGUUCCCUGGGGGCUGCGGCGGCGGGGGCGGCGGCGGCGGCUUGUGAGAAGUGUAAGAAGGCGACUGGUAAAUACAAGUGCCUGUGUGUGGCGUAUGAGAGUCUGCGCGCCUCUCAGGAAGAUUUUUUCAAGAACCGGGAUGAAAUCGAAGAUGAGGUUUCCGAUAAACUAGAGGAGUUCGAUUUGAUGACUCAGAAGGAAAGCGUAAAACUCGAAACGAAAUUGGAGGGAGAUGGUGCCUUAUCAGAAAUUAAUAGGGAAAACAAGGUUGACGUUGACGAAUCCACGGCGAAUGAUGAUACGGGUGUGAAGAGGAGUAGGGAUAGGUUGUUGGAAGAUGCAAAAGUGCGAGUACGGACGCCAGGAUCUGGCAGGGUGAUGAAUUUGGUGAAGGAAUUUGAGAAGCUUUCGAUGUUCAAAUCGGGGAUUUCUGAGGACAAUGAUGUUGAGGAGGCGGAGAAUGAUAAAGUUGGUGUAGACUCGGAUGGACUGGAGCAACGACCUAAGGCUCCAGAGACACAGGUUUCAUCUUCUUCGUUUUGUCCAUCAAACUUUUAUCUGACAUCAGAGAGCUUAGGCCUUGAUCUUCGUCGAUCAUAUUCAUUAGACAGCAAUGAUGGAAGCAGUAUUUCAACCAUAACGUCUACGGGUGGUCAAAAAAACAGGCGAAGUAGUACUGAAUCAGCUGCAGUUCGCACUAGAAGACUCUGGAAGAGGAAGCAGCGGAAAGUAACCUCUCAAAAGCCUUUCAUGCUCAGAACAGAGGAAAGAGGAAGAUGCAAGGAGGAAGAAUUCCUGAAAAAGUUACAACAGAUGAUUGAAGAAGAGGAGAAGAUGAGGGUACCUAUAGCGCAGGGUCUUCCUUGGACAACAGAUGAACCAGAGUGUUUGGUGAAGCCUCCGGUUAAAGAAAUCACAAGGCCAGUUGAUCUUGUGUUGCACAGUGAUGUGCGGGCUGUAGAUCGAUCUGAAUUUGAUCAUCAGGUUGCCAUGAAAAUGAAUCUGAUUGAACAGUAUCGGAUGGAAAGAGAGAGACAGCAGAAGCUGGCAGAAGAAGAAGAAAUCCGGAGACUGAGGAAGGAGCUCGUUCCAAAAGCUCAACCAAUGCCGUAUUUUGACAGGCCCUUCAUCCCUAGAAGGUCCGAGAAGCAACCGACUAUACCAAAAGAACCCAAGUUCAACCUACCUCAACAGAAGAAGAUCAAAUGUAACUUGUCUUUGGAUGACUUCACAGCGUAUUGCCAGUGAACGAUGAUUGGAAUAAUUGAGUGUGUCAUAGUCAUACACUAGUAAUUCUUUCUCUCUUUUUUGGUCAUUCAUUAUUUCCAUUUGUAUAUGUUUGCAAUAAAAAUUGUGAGAGGCUUGCAAUUUUGGGUGCUAAAAAUAUGUUUGCUUGGCACAAUGGUGUGCCAGAUUUAUUGAUUUCAUUUCGUCUGGAGUUCUGAUAGCAGCUUGUUUCGGAACAAAGCGGACUUAAGUGUUGUAAGAAUGGCCCCACAUACAUCUCUUUCUAUUGGGCAUGUUUGGAAUCUAUCGAUGAUACAAGAUUUUUAUUUUA